CGCUCGCGGUCCUUUCUCUGUUACCGUCGCAACCGAAGGAUUAUUCUAGAAGGUUCUGCUUGGAGCAUCCGAGCCGAACGUUAUCUGAACCCAUCCGAACCGCGCCGACGGCUUAGAGAGACCGGGCAACGUCCAUCUCCGUCUGUGACUUCUGAGGAACAGCAUAACGUAAAUAUUAGCCAUCAUGCCUGAAGGCGUAGCGGCUGCAAACGGGUUUAAAAACAAAAGAGGCGCGUAUGUGGACCGGGACAAACCCGCCCAGAUCCGCUACAGCAACAUCAACGCCGGGAAAGCUGUCGCAGAUGCCAUCAGAACAAGUCUGGGCCCUAAGGGCAUGGAUAAAAUGAUUCAGGAUGGAAAGGGCGAUGUCACCAUCACUAAUGAUGGAGCCACAAUCCUCAAACAGAUGCAGGUGCUGCAUCCUGCGGCCAAAAUGAUGGUGGAGCUGUCUAAAGCUCAGGAUAUUGAGGCUGGUGACGGCACUACAUCAGUGGUGGUGAUUGCUGGAGCUCUUCUUGAUGCCUGCGCUAAACUGCUACAGAAAGGAAUCCACCCGACCAUUAUUUCCGAGUCUUUCCAGAAGGCCGUAGAUAAAGGUGUGGAGAUCCUGACGUCCAUCAGUCAGCCAGUUCAGCUCAGUGACAGAGAGACCCUUCUGAACAGCGCCACCACCUCGCUCUGCUCUAAGGUGGUGUCCCAGUACUCCAGCCUGCUCGCGCCCAUGAGCGUCGACGCCGUCAUGAAGGUCAUCGAUCCUGCCACCGCCACCAGCGUUGAUCUCCAUAAUAUCCGCAUCGUCAAGAAACUCGGUGGGACCAUUGAUGACUGUGAGCUGGUGGAUGGUUUGGUGUUGACUCAGAGGGUGGUGAACACUGGAGUGUCCCGUGUGGAGAAAGCCAAAAUCGGCCUCAUCCAGUUCUGCCUGUCCCCUCCCAAAACUGAUAUGGACAAUCAGAUUGUGGUGUCGGACUAUGCUCAGAUGGACCGUGUGCUCCGUGAGGAGAGAGCUUACAUCCUCAACCUGGUCAAACAGAUUAAAAAGGCCGGCUGCACUGUGUUGCUCAUUCAGAAAUCCAUCCUGAGAGAUGCACUGAGUGAUCUGGCCGUUCACUUCCUGAAUAAGAUGAAGAUCAUGGUCGUCAAAGACAUUGAGAGGGAGGACAUUGAAUUCAUCUGCAAGACUCUUGGCACCAAACCUAUUGCUCAUAUUGACCAGUUCACUCCAGAGAUGCUGGGAACAGCAGAGCUAGCUGAAGAGGUUCACCUGGAUGGAUCUGGCAAACUAGUGAAGAUCACAGGGUGUGUAAAUCCAGGAAAGACUGUCAGUAUUGUCGUUCGUGGUUCCAACAAACUGGUGAUUGAGGAGGCAGAACGAUCCAUCCACGAUGCCCUUUGCGUCAUCCGCUGUCUGGUCAAGAAGAGGUAACCAAGAUUACAAGAGA